CGGUUUUCGAGGAAUCGAGGAUAAAUGGACACAGCGUCGCAGGUCCUUCGUGUCACCGACCCCCAUUCCUUAAGGCGAAACAAAUUUUGCAUCCUCAGCUAUGUAUAAUGUUUUAUUGGGUAAUUUGGAUCCCGUUGCCGAUGAAGGGGCCUUAUGGGUUUUUGCCAGUACACACAAGCCCUUUUUCUUCUUCUCUUCAUCGGCUGGCGAUAUUGAUGCGAUUCUUUUCACUUGCUGGAACCAUUAAAAGACUUCUACGGUUUCCGACUUCCUAUAAUCGACUUCUCUGCGCUCGCUAUUGAUACGAUCCUUUGAAUUCAUUCCGCCUGACGGUCCGCCGGCAGCGGCCGCUCGAUAAUGAUGAAGCCUUUUGGAAGUGCCCUCGGAUCCUGUGUGCUUGCACUAUGGGUUUUCGCAACGCUUGCACACUGCCAAGGAGGAUCCUUUGGAUGGCUUCCAGGAUACGGCGACGGUCUGGUGACUUGCAAUGGUACUUCUGCCAACCUCACUAGCUAUAACAUGACGAAUUUUGUCGGAUGUAUGGACUUGGGUCUCGAUGCCACCUCGCAGCCAUUCGGCUUGACAAAUAACAGUACCGUCGUCACAAUGGGAACUGGCAGUUUAAUGCCCCCCUUUAAUUUUAACAGCUAUGGGCCCACUUCCUUUCCAGGUUUUCCUACCAAUGGCAACUCAACCUGGACAACAAUGGAAACGCAUUUGAACUGCUCUAUCGUCUGCAGAGUGCAUGGGAUGAAAUAUGCCAUAAUAUUGUACGGCUCUUGCACCUGCUCUCCAUAUAUUCCAUAUAACUCAUGGUUUGUGUUCAACCUCGCCACAAAGCCCAAUUGGAAGGACAGUAUUCUCGUCACGGCGUUAAUUCCUAACUCACUCAGCGCGUGUUGUCCACUCAAGAACGGCUCUACAUAUGGACAAUUCGGUGAUAAUACGCAAUAUUAUACAGGCGCUGACGCGGGUACUGCUGAUCUCUCUUACACCUACAACAGUAGCGCCCUCUACACCGGCCACACAGCUUCUGCUAUUUGGAUUGAUAUCACGUUUGCAAGUGAUAGUACUUUAGUCCUUUCCACCCAAGCGACAUUGUAUCAAUAUCUAGCAUGUUUUAUGAUGUCUGAUUCGACUACCACGUUCAUGCCUCUAGGUUUUAUUAACAACUUUACCUCUCCGAGUCAGUGUUACACUUUCUGUGCUGGUGUUAACAUGCCAUACGCAGGUAUGACUUACCAGGGAGGGUCCUUUCCAAUUAAAUGUGCGUGCGGAACGGAAUUCGCUCCUGGCUCAUACCAGUAUCUUCCCGAUUCUGGACAGUGCAAUUCCGACUGCACUACGGGUGCGACGAACACUUGCACUGUCGGAUCAGAUUGUUGUGGCAAAAGUAUCUACUAUGCGGUGUACCGAAAUCCUAAUCUUUUGGGAUGUUACGAGCCUCCCAUUCCAGGAACUUCUUUGAUCGGAACAGCAACCUAUCCCGUGGCAUGUUUCUCAACAGUAUAUACCCAGACAAUUAAGCCUACGAAAGUCUUUGUCAAUCCUAAUCCUACUGGUGUCUAUAACCCAUGGUCGACACCUCCAAGACAAUAUGACUGGACUAUCUCCACGAGCGGUAGUUCGUUUGAAUACCUCGGAUGUUAUUCUGCUGGUACUCUCAUCACAGUAGCUGGGACUAACAUUACGGUCAGCAAUCCACAGAGCAUGACCCCCAUUUUGUGUGCCGCACACUGUAGCGUGUACCCGUUCUUUUCAAUAAACGUCGUGGAUGGACUGGACCGUACUGUAAUCUGUUGGUGCGGAAGUGCUUGGACCGGCAGCGUCGCGAUACAGGAACCGUUUUUUUACUGCAAUGAGCAAUGUCCGACUCCUGCUGCUGGGAGGCAAUUAUGCGGCGGUCGUUACAUUGCUUCCACCAUAGCGCCUGCCAUUGGCAUCUACGGACCCACCGCCGUCGUUGCAACCCUCUCAAGAACCAUUUUAGCCACCUCGACCUAUUCUUGUGUUAUGACUUCAAGUACUUCUUCGUCGUCUUCAAGCUCAUCUUCUUCCAGCUUGAGUUCUUCCGUACCAAUCACUAGCUCAAGCUCGUCAUCAUCCGGCUCAAGCUUACACACAUCAAGUACAACGUUAACAAGCUCAUCCUUUUCUAGCUCGAGUUCUUCUAUGCCAAUUACUAGCUCAAGCUCGUCGUCUUCCGGUUCGAGUUUGCGCACAUCGAGUACAAUGUCAUCAAGCUCGACAAUAUUAAGUUCAAGUACCUUGUCAAGUUCGAGCAGCGCCUCAAGUUCAAGCUCAAGUUCCUAUAUAUCAAGCCCCCGAACAACAUCAAGUUUGAGCUUAUCAAGUUCAAGCACCGUGUCAAGUUCCAGCAGCUCCUCCGGUUCAAGCACCUUAUCAAGUUCCAGCAGCGCCUCCAGUUCCAGCAGCUCCUCGAGUUCCAGUAUCGCCUUCAGCUCCAGCAGCGCCUCCAGUUCAAGCUCAAGUUCUUACACAUUAAGCCCCCAAAUAAUAUCAAGUUUGAGCUUGUCAAGUUCAAGUAGCUUUUCUAGUUCAGCACCUAGCUUAAACUCAAAAUUAGACGUCUCAAGCACAGAGCUACUAUCUUCAAUCUCUAGCUCAGGUCCUUACAAAUCAAGCACGGCGUCUCC